GGGAAGCCGCAGGUUGCCCACCAUUGCUGUAGAGGAUGGAAACUACUUCAAGCCAGGGGGUGUGGCAGCACCCCCAACACACCUACUUCCAGCUCCUAUGCUCUUGAGCAGCUUCACUUUCACCUAAUAGUUUUGUAAUUCACUGUGUAAGAAACAAAACUAAACCUUAUCCUACAUGGGAAUUAAAUCGAGAUAUCUUAGUUAAAGUGAAAUUUUGUGCUUAUUAAUUAAAACUAUAGUUUUUAUCACCCACUGGCUUAAGUUCAUGUUGACUUUGGUAUUAUGUGAAACAACUGAUUUAACCUUCAAAUGAGCUAAUUAAUUGUAUUGUUGGCAUAAACUGUCAGUUCUUCAGGGUGUUUGAAUUUAAUUUGAACAGUUAAAAACAUUUCAUUUUUGUUUGAGAACUUCAGGAAUAGAAGAAAAGGCUUCAAGAAGGGAGAUAAGGACAGUUAGAAACACUGAACACAAUGUAACCGAGCCUCAAAUAUAAAACAGAGAGCAAGGAGCAUAUUGAAGGACAAAGGAAAAUGAUUAAAAGCUUUUGGAGCUUGACUUAUGAAUGGAGAAGGAAGACUUCAGGCAAUGGGAAAGUAAAAUAAAAUAGAUCUUUGAGCUAAAGGAAAAGAAAGCAGUAGAAUGAAAAGAAGGUAAAACAUAACUGUUUUAUUUAACGGUAUUGAGAGAAAAUAUUUGGGUUUUAGAAAGAGUGUAUGAAUAGCUAAUUUACUGGAAGUAACCCAGCCUAAUGUACUCAACAGCAUUACUCAAAAUGGCACCCUGAAGAAAUACUUAAUCAAUAAACCCUGAUAUAUGCUACAUCCUUUUAUGUCUAUGCUGCAUAAGUCACUGAUACUCAAAUUUGUUACAGUUUUGUACCACCUCAAAAUGGCAUGUUAACUGAAAACCUAUUAAAAUAUUGUAAAAUGAUGCUGAAAAGUUGUAAAAAUGUUGUUUUAUGCACCCAUAAGUGCUCUGAUAGUUAAACCUGGGACAAUGCUUUAACAGUUAGUUACAAAAAAUUAUGGACCAUUUAAGAAAUGAUGAAAGUGGGAGUUCUGAAGACUGUAAACAUAAAUGGUUGAAGAGAGAGUCAUAGUGAUUAAAUACUAUGAUCAUCUAGUCUAAGCUGCUGCAUACCACAGGCCCAAAAAACAAAUAAAAUAGAUGAAGAGUUAGGCUCCAAUCUUGUAAACACAUACAUAUGUGCUUAAUUUUAAGCACACAAAUACCAUUGAAGCCAAUGGUGCUACUUACACACUUAAAGUUAAGUAAAUAUUUAAAGUGUUGCAGGAUUGGGGCCUUAAAUAAUUUACAUUAUUACACAUACCAUUUUGUUUUGCUGUUUUAAUCCUGCCUUUUAAUAAGUUAUUGCAACAGUAAAGAGGAUAGGUAGAAGGUGAUUCUAGAGACAAACAGUACCUGAAAAUCAAAGAAAAUCCAGAGGAAUGUGUUAUAAGUCAAGUGUCAGGUGUGACUUCUGACAUUUUCAAAUGCAACCAAAUGAAUCACUUUGGUGUUUUCAUCUAUACAAUAUAUUACUUGUUACUUCAGGGGAGAUCUCUAAACAGGCUUUAGUUUCUGCUGGCUACUUGGAUAAAAAUAGUAGAUGAUUAAUGAGUCCUGUUUUUCUGAUGUGGAGGAGUAACUUCUGAAUAGGCCAUCAGAAAUGUGAGUAAAUAUGAAGAAUGCCAUAUAAAUGCUUGCAACCAUAACAUCUUGGCCUAUAAUCUCAUCAGGCCUCAGGAGAUAAAGAAGGAUGGCCUGGUGGAUACUUGGAUUGGAGAACAUCAAGAAAAAUCAAGGGUACUGCAAAAAAGUAAUGGUGAUGAUUCAGUGGAGGUACUUCUCUGUGACUCUGUACCCAUCCAGCAUGACCUUAGGAGCACUGUGCUGUUGAAGGAUGGAACAUGAGGCUACUCAGCUGGAAAAUCAGCAUGUACAUAGUGUGUAUGAAAGCACAGCCUCCUAUUUUAAUGACCUGCAAAGCAAAGCAUGGCCUCGUGUUCGUCAGUUUCUGUUGGAGCAAAAGCCUGGCAGUCUCAUUGCUGAUAUAGGAUGUGGGACUGGAAAGUAUCUCAAUAUCAACAGUCAGGUGUUUAAUCUGGGCUGUGAUUACUGUGAACCUUUGAUAAAUAUUGCAAGGAAGAAAGGCUGUGAAGUCUCGGUAUGUGACAACCUUAAUCUUCCCCUUAGGGAUCAGUGCUUCAAUGCAAUCAUCUCCAUCGGAGUGAUUCACCAUUUCUCAACUAAACAAAGAAGAAUCAAAGCAAUAAAAGAAAUGGCAAGGGUGUUGAUACCUGGAGGUCAGAUCAUGAUUUAUGUUUGGGCUAUGGAACAAAAAAAUCGUCGCUUUGAAAAACAAGACGUAUUUGUUCCAUGGAAUAGAGACUUGUGCUCCCGGCUUCUUUCAGAAUCAAAUCAGUCUGGACAUAAGAGUGAUCUUGAACAUACUGUAAAAAAACACCCACAGCAACUAGUAGGCUCUGAAUGCAGCUACCCAAUUAAUCUUAAACAGGAACUUGAUACAAAAAGUUCCCACAGUACAGACCAUUGCUUAGCCAAAACCUGCUGCAUGAAAAUGUCUGAAGAAGAAGAAAAUCGAUUCUAUAGUGCUCUAGGGAAAUCUUUUCGUUCAUGGUUUUUCUCCAGAUCCCUUGAUGAAUCAACCUUAAGAAAGAAAACUGAGAAGAUGAAAUCUCUGAAGAAUGUAGGAGGAUGGGCAAACAGUACCAUAUCUAUUCAACCAUCAAGACACUGCAGUUUAGACUUAGGUCACUGUGGGCCAUUGUUAAAAGAGCAAAGUUUAGAUGAUGAUGAAGUGUUUCUAGAAAAUGCAUCUGUCAAAAAACCACAAUGGAUGACAACCUCAGGUGUAAUAAGGGAUUUAAAUGGAGAACACCAUGGAGUAGUUCACAGCAAGAAUGAAGAAACAUCUUUUCUGAGUGGUCCUGUGGAAGACAGGGACAACAACUGUACUUAUAGUAGAGAUGAUAAGUCUACUGCUAGCAAACUCUUUCAAAGAACUUCAACAACUGACUCCACUGAUUCUAUUUUGGAUGAAGCAAUGGCUGUUGAGGACCAGGUUGUUGACAUAUUGGAUACAAAAGCCUUCAUGCGUUAUUAUCAUGUUUUUCGGGAAGGAGAGCUAUGCUGUCUACUGGAAGAGAAUGUGCCUGAGCUUCAUAUUAUUAGUUCUUGCUAUGAUCAUGGAAACUGGUGCAUUAUUGCAGAGAAAAUAGCAAAAUAACUGCAAUCUGAGCAAAUAAAACAAAACUUUGAAAAUUGAAAAGUUUGAACACUGCUCCUUGAAGGUGUUCUGUGGUGGUGUUGUAAUUGUGCAAUAUAAAAUGGAAUUUGAGUCUCCUGUAGUUGUGUUCCAUCCAUUUCUGAUUUUACUUUGUAUUUAUCUAUAAAUACUGUAUAUAAGAAUGUAAGAGGCAAACAACAAUACUUAUGUUUUGUCAAAGAUAGGCUUUUAAGAGUUUUAUAUUGCUUUUAGCAAAUGAUUCAGUUUUUAAAUGUACUUUUGUAUUGAAAAAUAAACAAAACAUUUUUAUAAGAUAAGGAUCAGGGCAUCUUUUAUGAGAAAUAUUUGCCCAGUUUGAACUUAAAGCUUGGUAAUGCAAACACUUAAGCAUGUGUGUUAACUUUACUCAGUAGGGUCCUGAUUCAGCAGUCCACGCUUCUUCAGCAAAUAACUUAAGGACAUGGUUAACUUUAAACAUGUGCCUAAGUCCCAAUUUGGAUACAUGCUUUAAGUUAAGCACAUUUAAAUACUUUGAUGAAUUGUGGUCUUCAGGAUGGGCUACUCAUAGGCAUAAAUGUUUGCAUGAUCAAGCCAUGAGUAUUCUGUGCUUUGUGCUUAGCAUUCUGGAGCAAAUGGAACAGCUGCAUUUGUUCAAGAUUUUGGUCUUUUUUUUUUUUAAACAGUCUAGUUCAGGCGUUCUCAAACUUCAUUGCACCGCAACCGCCUUCUGACAAUAAAAAUUACUACAUGACCAGAGGGCGGACCGAAGCCUGAGCUCACCCGAUCCCUGCCACCUUGGGUUUGGGGGCCAAAGCCCCACUGCCAUGGGGUGGGUGGGAGGGAAACCAAAGCC